AUGCCGCCGCCACCAAGCCAUAGGGCCGAUAUUGAGCCUCCGGAAGAACUUACCACGGAAGCCGUCAAGGGCUUCGUGACGGGCGUAGCCCGCUUCGGAUCUGUCUCGAUUCUCGCACAUAUGAUCAUGAAUCUUCCUCACCCCUUCACCUUUUCUAAACCCCAACCGCCCGCCCCCGCCGAAUCUCAACCUCGUCGUCAGUCACCCUUCUCCCGCGACUAUAUCCGUUCACGUCUGUUAUACCGACCAAUGGAGGGCUUCUCCGAGUGGAUUUCACCUACGGCUCGCGUUUACCGCGGGCUAACCCCACAAUUCAAAGUCUUCAUCCAGAUCGCGCUCAUGACCCUGGGAGGCUGCAUCUGGGCCGAGAAACGAGUGACCGAGUACAUCGACCUGGUCCGACAGAUUAAACGAGCUGAGCGAUACCAGGCUGAGCGUGAGCAAGGCACCCGUCGAUAA